CCUUGGGUUUGUUUGGAAUAUCAAUUAUAUGUUUAUUGCAAAGAAGUUGAGAUAAUGGUAGGACCGAAGUGUGCUGUGCGAAAGGUAUAUAAGAAGUCUAGAUGUGACGUUAAGAGUUAGAAUAGGAGUAUCCCUAGAGACAAAGCGUAUGGGUGCAGGAAAAGUGUGAGAAUACAGAAGGAAGAGAAUGGAAUCAGCUGAGUAAAGGCGACAGUAAGUAGUGUGAGGCUGGAUAGAGAUAAGAGGACAUAACAGAAACUAUGGUAUUAAUAUAAGAAAUUCAUACAAAAUAAUAUAUUGUACAAACCAAAAUGACAAUGACAUGUUUUUUAAAACACCAAUGAACAACGGUCGUCAUAAUUGUAAUUCAUUUUCAAAAAGAUACAGUUUCGAAAACAGUUAAAGAAAUAUGUUUAUCACAUAUCAUUCAUAACAGUAAUGUCAUGUCUCACAUUUUUGACUUGUAAUUUGUUACUUCAAUAUUGUGAUGGUAAUUCCCAUUUUGUAACUCAUUACUCCUUUGUUGUUAACAAUUCUUUAAAUACAAAUGGGUGUGACCUCAUCCAUUUGUGGGAUCGUUUUAUUCAACUACUCCUGGAAUUCUGAGUGAUUGUAUCAACGUGACGUAAAAACUGUCUGCAGGAAAUUCAAUGAUUGAUUGAACGUCAAGUUUUCAUUGCUUGUAAUUAGGUGAGUUACAGCUUACACAGAAGUAUAAUCUUUUUUACAGUAAAUAUAAUCAUACUUACAAUCUUGAGAUUUCGGAGGCGAAGCACCCGCUCCAUCAAUGUGUCACUCACACGACAAUGGAUCAAAUACCGUGAUAAAUCUAAUCCGUUACUGCCAGUGAUUUAUAUCGUAAUUUAUAACAAUAAGAUAUCUUAUAAAAGGUGUUCUUGCCAAGUUUGUAUGACAUUCAACAUCAGCAUGCAGGCUGUUGCGUGUCUUCUUAUUUUUGCGACGUCUAUCAUCGCGAUUCAAGCGCAGUGCUCAGUUUCCAUAAAUGGAGACUUACCUGCCCCACAGCCCCUGGUCUUAAAUGUGGGUGAAGGAGCAGGAUUUCGACAUCCAGUAGACACUUCUGGAACACUCAGUUUUGCUGCUGGAGAGAAUGUCCGGUUGGUGUGCACUGGGACAAAUAACAAAUUUGUAAAUCUCGAUAGCACUGAAAGCGAUGUACUGGCAACCUGCGUUAGCGGAAGCAAAUUCACUGUUGAUGGUGUAUCGAUAGAAUUCAGUGACUUGGCAUGCAGCUUCCUACCAUGGCACUGGCAGCGCAAAAGUGGGAACACGUGUCUUGGCUCAUACACCGAUGUUGAAAUAGGAUUCGACCUGGGCACUGAAUGGAUAACAACUAUAAAUGCAUGUCACGACGAAACGCGACUUGAAACGCUCUACACAACUUUUAAAUUAGUUAAAGAAAUUGGUGGUUUCCAGACAGGAUUUCCAAGGCCUAGUUGGGUCCAGGGUAUUUUUUACCCUGGUUAUACAUUGGCCACUCAAUAUAAUCGAGCUACUCAAAUCGCAACGAUGGGAACGCUUUUAGGAUCUGCCGAUCUUGGCACUCAAUACAUUCACGCAACUAAUGACUACUUCUUGGCACGUGGACAUACGACCGCGAAAGCAGACUUUGUCUAUGGCUCUCAGCACCGCGCUACAUUCUAUUAUGUAAACCAGUCGCCUCAAUGGCAAACUUUCAAUGGUGGUAAUUGGAAUUCACUUGAAAAUGACGUACGUAAUUACGCCAGUAACACUUACCAAGAUUUGACAGUUUAUACUGGGGUUUAUGGCAUUGCUCAGUUACCGAACGUUGAUGGAGUCUUGACUGAUCUUUAUCUCUAUGCUGAUGAGGCUGGAAAUCGUGCUAUUCCUGUUCCAAAGUUCUUUUGGAAAAUCCUUUACAAUGAAACAACACAACUUGGCACAGCAUUCAUUGGCGUCAAUAACCCAUAUCUGACUACAGUCACCAGUGAUUAUUAUAUCUGUUCUGACAUAAGUUCACAGAUUCAAUGGCUUACAUGGUCAGCUAAUUCGGUGCCUCUUGGUAUAUCUUAUGCUUGCACAGUCGAUAGUCUCAGAAAUGUUGUUGAAACUAUUCCCUCAUUUACAGUCAAAGGCAUUCUUUCUUAAGUACUUCAGUCUUUAUUACCAAUCAAUCGCAAGUGUCGUUGGUCCGAAAAGUGUAAUACAAGACAAUUUUUCUUACCAUUUGUGCUGGAAAGAUUUUGUGAUAUCAUAAAAAGAUGAAUUUUGAUCUACUUUAUUUCUCCAUGAUACAGUACUUUUUCGGUAUAAGCGGGCUCGCCAUCAGCGAAUUGACCCUCUGUUCAGCAUAAGCGCUUCCCUGACUAAGUUCAAUUUAUUGGAUGUAAACAACUUUGUCGCAGAUGCUUCAUUAUGAGCGAACAAGGGAUUGUAUGAAAUUACAUACUUCGUCUUAAACGUGUUGCAACAAACAUCCCGAUUUCAGUACGAAAUUUGCAAUUCAUUUAUAAUGAAACCAGGCAAAAUUUCUCGGAGUUUUAUCAUCUUGACUGCCCCAACGUUUGCUUAUAGUAGGAAAAAAGUAUUUUGAAAUGAAAAAUGGAAUCGUAUUCUCCUGCUAUGAUUAGUGCUAUUUGUGUCAGUAAAUUAUCUGCGCUUCAUCAGUUGGCUGACAGGUUAAAUUAAUGGAUAUUUUGGAAAGUUAAAUCGAAUGCUGUUCAGCUUAGCAAUUAUCAAUAAUUGUUUGGAGAACCAAGAACAAAUCAUUAUGCGAUAAUACAGCUAAUGAAAAGACCUUUGAUAUUUGUAACUUUAAUCUGAUUAAAUUUCUAGACACUCACAAAAAAUGUUUAUCACAUAUUUUAAAUACCCUAGCUAUGGAGAACUUACGUAGGAUUAUUCGCAGUAUUUGGUACUCGCAAAAUUUUUUGAAUUGUUCUAGUUGAAUUUGUCAUCGUUAAUCGAGUUGAAUCUUAAGUAAAUAAACAAAAAAUUGAGAAUUCAA